CACCAAUCCAAUUGUUUCUUAUGGACAGAAAAGAGCAGAGGCUCUGAGCUGUCCGAUCAGGUCCAUUGUCUACUCGUCCGUCAUUAGCAGUCUCAACACGCCCGUGCGUUUUUUCCCCCCACUAAACUCAGACUACCCUUUUAGUUCUAUCAUCUCCGGUCACUGCGUGAAGCUCCUCCCGGAAAAUAGAGAGAGACACUGUUAUGAGGAGAAAAACAGCAAAAGAAUCACCUGGAUUCUUUCAUAUCAAGAUGAUGUGGAGUCUUUGGAUCCUGCUGGGCACUGUUCUCAGUGUGGAUGGCUACGUGGUGCCCGACCUGCACAAGCGUCUGUCCCACGGGCAUCAGCUGAAGAUCUACCUCCCGAAGAGUGCUGUGAAGCUGGAGUUCACCCCCGCUGCAGAGCCCCUGAAGACGUACCUGUACUGGGACCGUGGAUCCCGGGCCACCAGAGGAAAGGUGUCUGGGACAGGAACUGACAGGAGCUGGUAUCUGGACAAAGUGACUUACAAGGACCAGGGGACCUAUGUCCAGAGAGACUACUGGAACAAGGAGAUCUCCUCGCUCAAAGUGGCUGUGACCACCAGGCGUGAGUACACGAAGUGUGUGGUGGGCGAGGAACUCCACAUCUCAUUGGAGGGCAUCGACCAGGCCGACGCCACGCUCUCCUUCUCGGGCGCCAACGCCAACGUCACCCUGGUGCAUGAUGGGGCAGUGGUGGCCCAGGACCUCCCGGACUACUGGAACCGGGUCAAGACCCUUUCCACCAAGAUCAGCAUCCAGAACGUCAACACCUCGGACGUGGGCUACUACACGCUGAAGGACACGCGAGACCGGGUGGUCGCCAUCGUCAGGAUGGAACUCACAGACAAACAUGAGAAUGAAGCAGGCAACCCCCUCAUGGCCCUCCUCCUCCUGCUUGGUAUCCCCGCCAGUAUCUGCUUCUGUUGCCGGAAGAGGAUCUUCAAGAACAAAUCCCCUGACACCACCGCCAUCCAACUGGACAACCCCGAGACUCUGCACCCCCCUCCCGGCUACAACAUGCCCGGAGGAGGGGUGUCCCCUGGACCUGGUGUGCCGGGAGGUUACCCUCAGGUUUACCCUCCCCCCAACCCUGGGAUGCCUGGCCAGCCUCAAUGGACCGGACCCCCACCUCAACCAUGCUUCAACCCAGGCUACCCCUCCCAGGACCCUUUGUACCCCCCUGCCCAGCCCUCACAGUGGAAUGGCCCACCACCCAACCAGCCACAGUACAACCCUGGUGCUCCUCCGAUGGGGUAUGCGCCGGUGAUGUACAGCGCCCCCUCAGGGAAGGAGGAGAUAAAGAUAGAGAACAUGUCUCCUGCUGAUCCCCUCCUUGCCCAUCCACCACCCCAGGUCCCCCCACCCACCUCUGAAGCUCUGCACUCCACAGGCGGAGCCUUCCAGUUCAACAUCGACACAGGAAAAAACGCCCCCACCAACUUCCUGUAGAACGCCUGUCAUCGGUCCAAUCAGGAGCGGCCUUAGUAAUGAUGCCACGGCUCCGUCCCGAAUACGGUUCAAUGGCUUCCUUUGCUCAUCUCCUUGACUGUGACCACUUAUAUAAAUGGGGAGGGAUACUCCUUUACUCCUUUCACGUAUACGAAAACAAAAGUAACCACAUUUUUAUUUUUUUUGUCUCUGUAUAAAUGGGAUAUUAGUGAAGGAAAUGAGAUCAUUUAAAAGGACUAUUUCCUGUAUAGCUGUGAUGAAGUCAGUCAAAAUGUCUGGGCGGGGGGGGGAACAUGAAUCAGAGGCCACGAUCCCUACCCUUCUCCAGAAGUGUGCACUGAUCCACUCCCUCUCAUGCAUUUAAGCAUUGGAUUGGUGCAAAAAAUGUAUUGAGGGAGUUUCCACCAUAUUCCCAGUCCAUUUAUUUUUAGAAGGGGAGUGUACAAGAUAAUUGGAAUGUAGCCCAUAGAAUGAUAGAGGCCUCUAGUGGCCAAAAGGCAGUAUUGGCAUGGGCAGUGCCAUUGAGGGCUUCCACCAAUUUAAUGUAUGGCAUCUAUCAAACACUCUGGUCGUGUUCCCCUGCGGAGGCGCUGCAUGCAUCAACCAAUGGUUGCGUACCACGUCAUCGGCUGUGCCGUCGUGCACAGUCGAUAACAUGUGGUUAGCUGAUACGUAAAAUAGCUAUCCAAGAGUUGUAAGAUCUGGCAUUCGUCAGCAAUGUCUGAGGAGAGGAACACAACCGAUAACUGCCUUUUCAGGGUUCUACUGGAACCAAAAAGGGUUCUACCUGGAACCAAAAAUGGACAGCCGAAGAACCUUUUUGGAAAUGUUUUUUUCUAAGUGUAUCAUAAUCCAAUCAGAACCAACAUCACUCCUAAUCAUAAAAUCAGAUGCUAGGACAAAUCAUCAUCCACUCGGUAGACCAAGUAAAGCUCUCCGCCAGUCAGGUAGCCACUUCCUGUUGUGUAUAUUUAAAGUGUUUGUGUAUGUAUAUAUAUAUAUAUAUAUAUAUAUAUAUAUAUGCAAAUACAAUCAGAAAUGCCUUAACUUCCCAAAGUAUAGCUGUUUUUCAUUAUAUGCAUGGUGUAUCAUUUUAGUUCUACAUAUGAAACUGCUGUCAUUUCAACUUUGCCUUGAUUUAUGUAUACAGUGGAUAUAUACAAAAUGAAUGUGAUACGAGUCUCUCAUUGUUUGUACAAUGUACACCCGCAUGAUUUCAAAUUAUGAUUGUGUGAUAUGGGAGUUGGAGACAUGAUUAUUUUAACAUUACAAAGAAAUACUUUCAUAACAAUGGCAACACUGCUAUGUUCGUCUGAGAUUUGGUGCAAAACCACGUGCCCAAACUUUUGGCUGUCGCAGUUGUUCCUCCCCCGAUUUCACUCCUCGAAUUUCAUCUAGUCGUUUGCUUAAGCCUUAUCACACAAACGCAUCCAGUGCCUUCUUGUCCUGGGGUGUAUUCAUAAGUGCACAAUGAAGCAAACAACUUUUUGGGACAAAUUCAGUUUGUCCCCUACCUGGUUGCUUCUGUUAGUUUCCUAAUGAAUGUACCCCAGGUCAGGGGGUGAGGAAAAUGCAUUUUACAUGAUUAUAUUCAGGGAGAGGUCAUUUCCAGACCAUGUAACCAGAACAGUAAACUCCUGGCCCUAGUUGGUCAAGGAAAAAUCUCAAUUGGAGAAGGGCAGAUGAGAAGGCCUCUUGAUUACGCUUAAACUUUUGCAGUUACUUUUAAAACGUUCUUCCCAAAACUGCUUUUCUCACCAACUGUCUCAUCCCCCUACACCCAACAUGCUUUAAAAAGGAAUGGACAGAUCUCAAAUGUAGGUAAUAGGAAGUAUGCAUCUGUUUUGUUUGAGAACUUGUUUGUGUUGUAUGCUGCCAUAACUGGAAAGGUGUGAGAAUGAAAGGUGAUCCGUGUAGACAUGAAGAAAAUAUGAUUUCCAAUGACAUGUUUAGUGUUUCUAUUCUGUGAAUAUCAAAAGCAUUUAUUGUAGGACAUGCAUGGGUCCACCUCAAUAAAAAGAAAACACAA